CCCCCUUGAGAUAUAAACAGACAAAGAGAUGCCUUCAGAAAGUAAAAAGCGCGUCUGUUACUUUUAUGAUGCCAAUGUAGGUAACUAUCAUUAUGGCCCUGGACAUCCCAUGCGUCCUCAUCGUAUUCGCAUGUGUCAUGGUCUUGUCAUGAACUAUGGUCUCUAUAAGAAAAUGGAAAUUUAUAGAGCUAAACCUGCUAAUAAGUGGGAAAUGACUCAGUUUCAUACAGACGAUUACAUUGAUUUCUUAUCGCGUGUGACACCUGAAAACAUGGAUCAAUUUCAAAAAGAACAAGCCAAGUUUAAUGUGGGGGAUGACUCUCCUAUUUUUGAAGGUCUAUUUGAAUACUGUGGUCUAAGUGCUGGUGGUUCUAUGGAGGGUGCUGCUCGAUUGAACCGUGGAUUAUGUGAUAUUGCUAUCAAUUGGGCAGGUGGUCUUCACCAUGCUAAAAAGAGUGAAGCAAGUGGAUUUUGUUAUGUGAAUGAUAUUGUGUUGGGUAUUUUGGAAUUGUUGCGUUACUAUGCCCGUGUGUUGUAUAUUGAUAUUGAUGUUCACCAUGGUGACGGUGUUGAAGAAGCCUUUUAUACAACAGAUCGUGUCAUGACAGUUAGUUUCCAUAAAUACGGUGAAUUCUUUCCAGGCACAGGUGAAUUAAAGGAUGUGGGUGUACAAAAAGGAAAAUACUAUAGUGUCAAUGUACCUUUAAGAGAUGGUAUUGAUGAUGAAAGUUAUCAAUCUACGUUUGAACCUGUCAUUGAAAAAGUUAUGGAAUGGUAUAGACCUGCUGCUGUUGUGUUGCAGUGUGGUGGCGAUUCCCUUAGUGGUGAUAAAUUAGGUUGCUUUAAUCUCUCUAUGAAGGGACAUGCUAACUGUGUCAAGUUUGUCAAAAAGUUCAAUUUGCCUACACUUGUAUUGGGUGGCGGCGGCUAUACAAUGAGAAAUGUAGCCAGAGCAUGGGCUUAUGAAACAGGUGUCGUUGUAGGUCAAGAGAUUGGACCAGAUAUGCCUUAUAAUGAUUAUUACGAAUAUUUUGGUCCUGAUUACAAGUUGGAUGUAAGAUCAAGUAAUAUGGAGAACAUGAACACACCUGAUUAUUUGGAGAAAAUCAAGACUCAAGUAUUUGAGAAUUUGUCUCGUACACUGUUUGCUCCUAGUGUACAAAUGCAAGAGGUGCCACGUGAUCAAGAUAUGUCUGAUGAUGAUGAAGAUGAACAAGAUGCAGACGACAGAUUCUCUCAAAACUAUUGGGAUCGUCGUAUUGUACCUGAAAAUGAAUAUUAUGACUCAGACGAUGGUGAAGCACAAGGAUCAGGUCAAAAGAGUAAAAAUUAUGAAAUAACAAAAGAAGAGCAAGAACAAAUUGACCAUGUCUUGAAAGAAGAACAACAAGAUGAAGACACAGUCAUGUAUGAGACUACAACACUACCAAAUAAACAGCCUGUUAAAUUAGGCACAGAAAGUGAAGAGGAAGGUGAAGUCAAGUCUAUAAAAUCAUUGCAUGAUUUACAUGAAAAUGAAAAGUCAGACCAUGUUACAACAGUUGAUAAUAAAACAGAACAAGAAAACAUCACAACAACAGCAUUAGAAGAAGGUGAAAUUGAAGAUGGGGAAAUUGCUGAAUAAAAAAAAAAAAAAAAAA